AUGCGGUGUUUCUUCUCCAAAGUUCUGGGACGGCCGGGAAAAUCAACAUUUACUCCCAAGAAUUGUAUGCUAAAUUUCUAUUUCCCGGCCGUUCCUGCCCUCUCGGUGUCUCAUUCUUCUGUUCUGUGCAGUCAGCACGUGAUUGACGUCAUGUCAUUCCCGCCGACUCAUGGACGACUCAGUGGACUUCAAACUUCUGACCAGCUCGAAGCGAAUCGUGCUCCGUCUGACAGUCAGCCGGUCGCAGAAAACAUGGGGUCAGUCGUUUCUAUCCUCAUAAUUGCUGUCUGUUCCCGAAAGGUUUUGAGCAACCAAUUAUCUAAAGUCAAUAUGCAAAUUUUUGUUGGAUCUACCGCUUACGAAGUGGACGCCGCCACCUCCGUCGAGAGCCUCAAGCUCAUGAUCGAGAACAGCGAGUUCGUCCCUUCUCAUCAAAUCUGCCUCAUGAACGGUGCCACCAUCCUUGAAGAGGGUUCUCUUGAGGAGAAUGACGUCGAAUCUGAGGACACCCUUCAAAUGCGCCUUGCCGUCCAAGCUGGUAUGCGUAAGAAGUGGCGCAAGAAGCGCAUGCGUCGUCUUCGUCGCAAGCGCCGAAAGAUGCGUCAACGUGCCCGUUAA